GUGCUCAUUGAAGUUGUUGCCGUUACUUACGAGGAGCCCCGCCCUCAUGAAACAGAUGAGGGAGAUGAUGUUAGCAGGUGUUGUGUUGAAGCUAAAAUAAAAAUAAAAUCUUCUAUUGAUAGUGUCAGUGCCUCUAUUGAUUGCUCUUUUAGUUGAAUUUUAUAGGUCAAUCAGUUACAAAAUAAUUUUUUUAAACUAAUUUUAUAUUGCAAUGUAUUUUUUACAGUAUUCAGGAGGUUGACUUGACCUUUGUGUGUUCCCAUGACCUUUUGACCCCUUAAACUGAAGCACAUAUCAUGACCCAUAGGAUUGACCACACCCUCUCUCUGCCUCUCGGACUUUUUUGCAUUCCAACAAAACCACAGGAUAGGCAGCAUAAAGGUCUUGUUGGAUACUUUGUCAUUGGGUUUGAGGUUCCCUCUUAUCCUGUGUACUUCAGUACUAGUCCACACGAUACACCCACUCACUGGCGUCAGAGGAUAUUCUUCCUCAAUGAACCCAUACAAGUUCAAACAGGUCCUUUAUUGUGUAGUAGUAGUAUCAGUUGCUUUAAGAACAAGGAUUCUUAGAUUACUCGAUAUCAAGAUAAAGAUUUCCACUCUUUUAAGAAUUUCAAGUAUUAUACAAGAACACAUACACACACUGUUAUUGUGCUUUACAAAUUCUUCUUGCUUAAUACCAUAUAAGAUGAAAUGUUGAUGGGGAUUUUAAAUUGGCGGAUUGACGGAUUUAUAUAAAAUUGCCAAAAUAAAAUCCGCAAGCAAUAAUUCCAUUCAUGUGUGUGACCACACCCACAUUAAUUU